AUGGGCUCGGAGCAGGACACGGCUCCGGUGGAUCCGCGGGUCGGCCGGACCACAGAGCAGGAUCUGCUCGGCACAGCAAGCAAGACAACCUGCUCGGAGGGCGGUCUGGGCGCUCCACCUGGCAGAGCUCAACUCAUCUGCUGCACAGAAGACCUCGAUGAAGACACCUUUAAAAUUUGUAAGGAGUUUUUGAGACCCUACAAAAAAUCCCUUCGGAAACUGCACUUGCCCCAGCACAUGGCCAGAGAGAAGAAGCUCAAGUACACGAGGGAGAGCCUGACGCUGCUCGGGGACCACAUCAGCAUGUUCCUGGAGCAGCACUGCAAGCCCGCCGAAGUCAGCCACUGGAAGCAGAUGCUGUGGACGUACGUGGCCCUCUUCUCAGAGAUGGAUGCCAGGCAAUUGCACAGGCUGUAUAAAUACACCAAGAACAACCAAAUGGAUAAGUUUCUGCGAUUCUACAGUCAUUUGGAAAAUCCCGAGUCGGCCCCGAUCCCCGCCGAGGAGCUGAGGACGCUUUACGACACGUGGGGACUCUGCGGGGACGAGAGCGACGCGCCGGGACAYGCAGCGCAAGGACAGGGCCACCACAGACGCCCCCACAAAGCRGCGCCCGACGGCAGGACCGACCCGUGA